GCACUUGUCAUCUUCUCGAAGACCCGCGACCACGAAAGAAAUCAUAUACGUAAUAAAUCUAUUCAUAAACGCUCGGAUUGACUUCAAAUUUUGACUUUCGAGUAGUAGUCUACGAAAAUGCCCGUUUUGAUCGAGGCUCAAGGAACUCAAAACAGCCUAACUGGAGUAGUUUGUAAUAUAUGUGACGAAGGCUUUGCUCCAGAUGAGCGAAUGGUAAAUUCAAACGGACAAAUUUUACAUGAACGUUGCUUUAUUUGUGUGCAAUGUUUUAAUACGUUUCCCGAUGGCAUAUUCUAUGAGUAUGAUGGUCGCAGAUUUUGUGAACACUGCUUUCAAACGCUGUUUGCACCACGUUGCAAGAAGUGUGGUGAUUUUAUUAUUGGUCGAGUGAUUCGUGCCAUGCAGGCUUGCUGGCAUCCAGAUUGCUUCCGUUGUGAAAUUUGCAAUGUUACUCUUGCUGAUAGUGGUUUUGUUAAGAACGCUGGCAGAGCUCUGUGCAAGAACUGUAACGCUGAUGAGAAGACCAAACGCACUGGACGUUACGUGUGCAGGAAGUGUCAUAUCUACAUCCCGGAAGGAGAACACAUUAUGUACAUGGGUGAACCUGUAUGUCCCUGGCAUUACAACUGCUAUUCCUGUGGUAAAGAACUUGACCACACAUGUCGCAAGCGCAACAACGAAUUGUACUGCCUGCGAUGUCACGAUCUCACGGGAACUCCAAUCUGCGGGGCUUGUAGGCGACCUAUUGAAGAACGAGUUGUGAAUGCUCUUGGCAAACAAUGGUGUGUCGAGCAUUUCGUUUGUGCCAAGUGUGAAAAGCCAUUUUACGGUCAUUUGCAUUACGAAAAAAAUGGAUUGCCAUAUUGUGAAACUCAUUACAAUGAGUUGUUUGGCGAAGUUUGCUUCAUGUGUAAUCACGGAAUUGUUGGUGGUGAUGCUGUAAACGCAAUGGAGAAGUUUUGGUGUAGCAACCACUUUGUUUGCUUUGGUUGUGAUACUCAGCUCACUUUAAGGAGCAAAUUUCAUGAGUUCGAUAUGAAACCGUUGUGCCGAAAAUGCUACGAGAAGAUGCCUCUGGAAAUGAAAAAACGUCUCCGUCGCGCAGAGCUGGGACAACCCAACCCACCGCCUUCAAAAUCCGGAAAGAAAAAAAAGGACAAAAACAAAGACUAGAUUGCACCUGACUAUCAUCUCAGUACCAAUGUCUUUUCUAGUUUUCGCCAUUUAUGUUAAUUUUGCAUGAAGAAAUGUACCAUAGUUGGAUGAAUAGCGUUUUCAAAUUUUUAAGUUUUAUAGGAAUUAUUGACGAUAUUUUAUGGAUAUUAUCACCCUUUGAAUAAAAUUUUUGGUAUGGAAAAA